AUGCACACACGGUGGUGGAGUCGUGAGCCGGGUAUGCUGAACGGGUCAAUCAAAGAAACGAAUUCGGUGAUCGUCCCCGCUGAUUGGUUGACGAAACACACACAUCCGCACACACACUCACGCCAGACACAUGAACAGAUGUUGACGUGUGUAGACACACCUGUGAAAAGUCAAACCUGUAUGCUGCAACAGGCAUGUGCCAGUAGGAACAUACAACCGGAGAUUUCUAACAUCACAAAAAAUUAUCUGAUCGAUUCGGAUGAUGCUGAUGACGCUGCUGACGACGAUGAUGAUAACAUUGAUGAUGAUAGCGAUGAUGAUGUUGACGAUGAUGAUGAUCAUGUUUACGAUGAUGAUGAUGAUGAUGAUGAUGAUGAUGAUGAUGAUGAUGAUGAUGAUGAUGAUGAGGAUGAUAAUGAUGAUGAUGAUGAUGAUGAUGAUGAUGAUGAUGAUGAUGAUGAUGAUGAUUGA